AUGUCUCCAUCAAAUUCUAUAUUCUCAGAGCUAAUGCUUGCGCAUUGGGCUGACACCAAGUCCUCUGAGCGAACAAUCUCAAUCUCGAGUUACGAUUUGAACAUCGCAGAUGUCGUAGCAGUGUCACGUCACCUUACUCAAGUCAGUCUAACCCGCGAAGCAGAGAACGCUGUUGAAAAGUGCAGCAAUAUUAUACAACAGAAGAUCGCCCUGGGCGAGGUCAUCUAUGGUGUCAAUACAGGGUUCGGCGGCAGUGCUGACACCAGGACCGGAGCCGUCGAUGAGCUACAGCAGAGCCUCUUUCAUCUCCUCAUGGCUGGUAUCACAGCGGGUGGGGAACCAAAGCUCCAGCCUCAUGCGGACGUCUCAAAGUCUGUAGUCAACGGCCGGGCCCACGAACAGACUAAUGGCCACUUAAAGAUCAACGGUCACAAAAUCACACAGGCUCUGCCUGUGACUCAAACGUCCACUACGACGAUGCCAGAGUCAUGGGUUCGUGCCUCGAUGCUGGUACGCCUCAAUUCACUCGCAGCGGGCGCAUCAGGAGUCCGCCUCCGUAUCACCGAUGGCCUGUUGCAGAUGCUCAACAAGGACAUCGUACCGCUCGUGCCACUCCGCGGCAGCAUCUCCGCAUCUGGCGACCUGCAACCCCUAUCCUACAUCGGGGCGGUUCUCCAAGGCAAGAAAUACGCCUCCGCAUAUUGCGGACCCCGGGACCGGGAUAGACGCCUCGUGCGUGCCGACGUGGCACUAGAGGAGGCCGACAUCGAGCCCACCUCCGUCCGCCCCAAAGAGGGACUCGCCAUCGUAAACGGGACCGCCGUCUCUGCGGGCGUGGCCGCACUGGCUCUGCACGAGUCACUGAACCUCGCGGCGCUGUCGCAGGUGCUGACGGCCAUGAGCGUUGAGGCGCUCCUGGGAACGGACGAGUCGUUCGACCCUUUCAUCGCACGUGUGCGGCCGCACCCGGGCCAGGCCGACAGCGCGCGGAACAUACUGGCCUUCCUGUCGGGCUCACGGCUCGCGCUGACCCAGGCCCAGGCCCAGACCAACGUGCAGGCAGCCGGUGAGCUGCGCCAGGACCGCUACUCGGUCCGCACCGCGAGCCAGUGGGUCGGCCCCGUGCUCGAGGACUUCGCGCUCGCGCACGCCCAGAUCACCACGGAGCUCAACUCGGUAACGGACAACCCGCUGAUCGACGCCGCGGCGGACCGGGUCCUGCACGGAGGCAACUUCCAGGCCAAGGCGGUGACGUCGGCGGCGGAGAAGCUGCGACAGGGCCUCCAGAGCCUCGGGCGCAUGCUCUUCUCGCAGCUGACGGAGCUCGUCAACCCGGCCACGAACCGCGGCCUACCGGCGAACCUAGUCGCCGACGACCCGGAGCGCAGCUAUCUCUUCAAGGGCACCGACAUCAUGGCCGCGGCCCUUACCAGCGAGCUGGGCUUCCUCGCCAACCCCGUCGGCAGCCAUGUCCAGACCGCCGAGAUGGGCAACCAGGGCAUCAACAGCCUGGCCCUCGUUAGCGUCCGGUACACCCUCGACGCCGUCGACGUCCUGAGCCAGCUCGCGGCGGCGCAUCUCGUGGCACUGUGCCAGGCGCUGGAUCUCCGGGCCCGGGAUAUGCUCGGCAAGGAGAGCCCCGUCGGCGAGAAGGACGGGGUGCUGGACGCGAGUCCAUACCUGGGCCGGGCGGCCGGCAGGGUGUACCGGUAUGUCAGGAACGAACUGGGAGUGCCGUUCCUGACAGAGGGUCGUGUCAACGGGCAGCUGGAGGACGAUGAAGAUGGGCUAGCGCCUAGCGUCGGCGCGUACAGCACUGUGGUAUAUGAGGCUAUACGAUCGGGCCAGCUCUAUGAUGUGGUGAUGGAGUGUUUAGAGGAGGCGAAGACGCUCGAGAUCGAUGCGCCUGGUUACGUCGACCGUCGUUCCGCCGCGGGUCUUGGAUCGUAUAUGAAUGGAGCUGCGAAUUCUGUGAUCAGAGGAUAA